AUGGCCAACGCGAAUUUGAAGAACAAGAGCACCAUAUUUAUAGGUGGACUCGACGACAAUGUCACAAAAGACUUAUUGUAUGCAGCAUUCAUACCAUUCGGUGAUAUAGUCGAAGUGCAACUCCCUCCAGAUCCAUCCUCUCAUGCCCAACACCGAGGCUUUGGAUUUGUCGAAUUCGAAUCAGCAGUAGAUGCAUCCGCAGCAAUAGACAACAUGAAUAUGGCUGAAAUGCAUGGCAAAGUCAUCCGUGUAAAUAUAGCAAAACCAAUGAAGGGAGCGGCAUUCUUGCCUGGUUCAAAAGCUGUAUGGUCUGAUGAAGGAUGGCUCAAAAAGUAUGCUGGUGGGGGUGCUCCUGAUGAUGAUGAAGUUGUAGGAGACGAUGAUACUGAGGACAAUGAAGAUGGAAAAGCUAAAAUCGCAGCAGCCGCAAAACGAGUCACUCAACCAGACCAAGAUACCGAACAAGAACAACAACCACCUGCUAAAAAGACGAAAACAAAAGCAUCAUCAUCAUCCCUCCCGAAAGUGUAUUUCGAUAUAUCGAUAUCCGGGACUCCACAAGGACGUAUCAUAAUGGAGUUGAGGUCUGAUAUAUGUCCCAAGACAGCAGAGAACUUUAGACAGCUGUGUACGCAUGAAAAAGGAUUUGGAUUUAGGAGCUCGACGUUUCAUAGAGUCAUUCCUCAAUUCAUGUGUCAGGGUGGUGAUUUCACGAAACAUAAUGGAACUGGUGGCAAGUCGAUAUAUGGAGACAAGUUUGCUGAUGAGAACUUCAUACUGCUUUUAUCCAUGGCAAAUUCUGGUCCAAACACGAAUGGCUCGCAAUUCUUCAUUACACUGGCAGCGACAAGUUGGCUAGAUAACAAACAUGUAGUAUUCGGAGAAGUAACGCAAGGUCUAGAAAUAGUACGUUCAAUGGAACGUGUUGGACACUCAUCUGGCAAACCAUCAAAACGAGUCGUCAUCACAGAUUGUGGGGAAGUGUAA